GCGGCGGCAUCUCCGGCUGCACCACCUAUCUCUUCUUAAAAAAGCACCUCCCGACUAGCAUCGAAAGCAUCACAAUCUACGAAGCCUACGCGACACCUCACUCCCCAGACCCCUCAUCUGAACCAGCCACUGCAAAUGCACCCCCAACCCCAGUAAUCGGCGGCGGACUCGCCCUCGCACCCAACGGACUCGGCGUCCUCUCUCGUCUCGACCCCUCCCAAUCCCUGGUCAAAGAUAUCGCACGAUCAGGGUACGCGAUCAGUACUAUGGCAAUGAAGACGAAGAGCGGAGCGCUGCUGGCGGAGAUGGACGCGGCGUCGUCUCCUAUGCUGGUGCCGGAUGCGUUUCUCUCCCCUGGCACUCGCUCUGACGCGGAGUCUGGUCCGAAAUACUCGGAUGAAAACCGUCCUAAACUGCGAAUGAAUACUAUAGCGAGUAGUCGACACGCGCUGUGGGGGUCUUUGCGGGCGAGAGUGCCAGAUGAAGAUGUGGUGAAUAGGAGGGUGAGGCGGGUGAUUCCAAGGGCUGAUGGGUUGAAUGUUGUUCAGUUUGAGGGUGAGGGUGAAGGUGUAGAGCAGGUGGAGGUGGAUCUGGUGAUUGGAGCGGAUGGGUUGAGGAGCGUUACGAGACGGGGGAUGUUUUCCAAGUCUAAAGAGGGUGAGGAUGAGGAGUAUGAAUAUGGACCGAGAUAUGAAGGCCUCAUCGGCAUCGGCGGCUUCACAACCCUGUCUCCCUCUCUAAAAGAGCACCUAAAACCAGGAACAAUGUCCCUCCUCUUCAGCGGCAACGGCUUCUUCGGCUACUACCCCAGCUCUUCUCCACCCUCACCCAAUUCAGGAACAGUAUCCUCAUCACCAUACACCCUAACCCCCCCAUCCACCACCCUAACCUGGUGGUCCACCUACGCACACCCCUCCCCACCACCGACUCCAUCAACCAUCUCCCUCUCCUCCAUAAACGCAGACCUAAAGUCCCGGCACAGCGCCUGGACCGACCCAAUCAUCCAAUCCAUCCUGUCCUCUCUCAGCGUGCAGAAUAUCUAUCCGACAUGGACAUCGCCCGUUCUGCCGACGUGGGAGGCACACGGGGUGGUUCUUGUAGGCGAUGCGGCGCACGCGUUGCCUUCCACGAGCGGGCAGGGCGCGAGUAUGGGGGUUGAGGAUGCGGAGUGUUUUUCCUUGUUUCUUGUCCAUUCUCU